AUGGCUCGGAUGGCAUUGCACGUGGGAAGUAUUCAUCAGGCCAACCUCACGCACGACCUAUGUUUGUUUCCCCGUCGAUGCUCCAUCGGAAAGGCAUGUCCGGGGAUGUCACGCGGCAUUCCCGAAGCUCCUGGGCCAUUCUGUCACACCGCUGGGGAAGGGAAGCUUGUGGCUUUCUCUCACGCUCGUCGAUGCGGAGGAUGCGUUCAGGAUUCAGUUUUCCUUGUUCUUUAUGUUGCUCUGAUUCGAUACGAGUCAACUCAGCGUCAAGUUUCGGCGGAGUUGAAAGUGCCAUGGCUGUAUGAUUGUCAUAUGGACGUCCGACGGCAGUCAAUUCGUGCUGACGAACAGCCGCGCCGCGCCGCGUAUGCUGGAAAGACCAUGGACAAGUGUGUUGCUCGGCUUUUUGGACGAAAGCCUCUCACGGAAGCUUCCUACCGAGGAACGCUGGAGAUUACUUGUUUGUGCAAGUCCGGGGUCAUGGACGCUCGCACGGGAAACCACCAGCAGUAG